AUGGUGCAAGGGCUUGUUGAGGCAAUCAGGAAUGAUAACUCGCCUCCGAAAGUGGCCAAUACACUCCAAAGUAACAUCCAAGCUGUGCACGAAGAGGGCGAAUUGACCAAGCAGGACAUUAGCGACACUGAUAUGAUCACCCUUGUGUUGAAAUGUCUCUCUUGCCCUCCGCCACGGUCCCGUAAGGACAGUACAAGCACCGUGGACAGCACGAGCACCACGGACAGCAAGAGCAGCAUGGACAGCACGAGCACCAUUGACAGCACGAGCACCAUUGACAGCACGAGCACCAUUGACAGCACGAGCACCAUUGACAGCACGAGCACCACUGACAGCAAGAGCAGCAUGGACAGCACGAGCACCAUGGUCAGCACGAGCAGCAGCGCGACGGCGUAUGAUAUUCUUUGGCAGCCUCCAAGCACGCCCUCGAAACUGUUGUCUGUUUCUUCGGCUGCCAAUGGAGAUGUAUCUUUUGAAGAUACGUUCCCUCUUCAAACUCAAUGCAACAAUGUUGACGCAGAGCAAUACAAACCGGAACUUGCAUCUCAUAUCGCAGGUGAUGAAUCAAUGUUUCCAUUGAAUACGUUUGACGUAUGUGAAACCCUGGUUGAGAAGUACUCAUUCAUGUCAUGUGGGACGCAGCUAAACUCUAAGCAGUCGUCACACCUUUCUUUAUACUCAACAAGCUUCGACAGCUGCGUCGAUAUGACCUAUGACGAUGAUCAAUCUACUGUGACAGCCACUUUCGAGGACGGAACAGAAGCCACAGAGAUCGCAUCUCUACCGACAAUCGACUCUCCCCAAACCGAUCUCGAAAUGCAAAUGGCGAUAUACGAAAACGAUAGUCAGAAUUGUGGCUCUUCGGAAUCAGAAACAUCGAAAUUUGGCAAACUCAAAGGGAGCUGGUCAUUUAUGGAAGGCUUGAAUUGUUCGAUAUCGCCGCUACGAACAUUUACAUUGCCUUUGAUAUAUCCUGGCGAUCCCAUAAACGACAUCGUCCUUGGCUUCCGAGAUAAAGCUCGAGAUCUGCUGAGGUCUGGUAGUUCUUUGCAGUCGGUCAUGGGAUCUGGACUCACGGAUGUGGAGUUGCUAUUUCGAACGAGGCAACCCGAUGAAGAAUGGAAUGUGCCUGGUUGGGCGUGUGAGAUGACGUGGGGUCUGCAAGGUCUGCAAGGUCUUGAUGUGAAUGUAAAGCUCGCUGAAGUCUUUAUGCGAGUCCGAUUUAUGAGGUGGCUCAUCCUUCCCAACGAGGAAACGUUUGCUGGUAUCCCGGGUAUCCUGAGACCGACGACGGCACAAAUGCGAUUUCCCCACUCGGUGGCAAUAGAUUUUGUCCCAAUACCGACGGUUCGGAAUAGCCUAAUCCGGAGACUUCAGGACUGGCAAACACCCUUGAGCAGGUCCAAGUAUACCUGCAAUUGGGAUGAGAGCCUCGGUCCGGCCAUCAUUGCUGAUCCUGCCACCGGACGGCGACAUUUGAGCGCACAAUUCGAAAAGCACAUUUGCAUCUAUCAAAAUUGGAGCGCGGGCAGAAGCAUUCUCGACACCUGGCCAGAGCUAUGGGGAGAGAUGAAAUUGGACUGA